CAGCACAACGGGGUCCACCACCACGGCAUCCAGCACCACGUCGCGGACAAGCACCACGGAAACGAGCAGCACCACGGUUUCCACCACGACGGCGUCGAGCACCACGUCGCGGACCAGCACUUCGGCAACGAGCAGCACUACGAGGUCGACUACCACGGAGUCCAGCACGACGUCGCGGACCAGCACGACGGAAACGAGCAGCACAACGAGGUCUUCUACUACAGAGUCGAGCACUACGUCGAGAUCCAGCAGCACAGAAACGAGCAGCUCCACGAGGUCUUCUACUACGGACUCGAGCACCACGUCGCGGACCAGCACGACGGAAACGACCCGCACCACAGGGUCCACGACUACCGAGUCGAGCAGUACCACGGUGUCCAGCACCACGGAUUCGAGCACGACUUCGCGGACCAGCACCACGGAGACGAGCAGCACAACGGGGUCCACCACGGCAUCCAGCACCACGUCGCGGACAAGCACCACGGAAACGAGCAGCACCACGGUUUCCACCACGACGGCGUCGAGCACCACGUCGCGGACCAGCACUUCGGCAACGACAGCACCACAGGGUCCACGACUACCGAGUCGAGCAGUACCACGGUGUCCAGCACCACGGAUUCGAGCACGACUUCGCGGACCAGCACCACGGAGACGAGCAGCACAACGGGUCCACCACCACGGCAUCCAGCACCACUUCGCGAACAAGCACUACCGAAUCGAGCACUACCACGGUGUCCACCACGUCGGAGUCUAGCAGCACGUCGCGGACCACAAGACCGAAACAAGCAGCACCACGGUGUCCACACGACGGAGUCGAGUACCACGUCGCGGACCAGCACAACGGACUCAAGCAGUACCACCCGGUCCACCACUACGGAGUCGAGCAGUACCACGGGGUCCAGCACGACGGAGACGAGCACUACGUCGCGGAGCAGCACUACGGAAACCAGCAGUACCACAGAGUCCACAACGACGGAAUCGAGCACGACGUCUCGGACGAGCAGCACAGAAACGAGCAGCACCACGGCUUCCACCACAACACAGUCUAGCACGACGUCGCGGACCAGUACGACGGAAACGAGCAGCGCAACGAGGUCUUCUAUUACAAGUGCCACCAGCAGCACAACUGUGACCAGCUCGAGCGCAACCAGCAGCACCACUGUGAUCAGCACGACUGGGACCAGCAGCACCACUGUGAGCAGCACCAGUGCCACCAGCAGCACCACUGUGACCAGCUCGAGCGCAACCAGCAACACCACAGUGAGCAGCACGACCGGGACCACAGCACCAUCGUCAGCAACACCAGUGCCACCAGCAGCACAACUGUGA